UCACCACAAUUGUGAAUUCAUUUGCAAUAGCCACUAAAAGCGGGUUAAUCGAAAGUGCAGACCGUUGUCCGAAUUCCACCAGCAUCCACAAUGUACCUUCUAGCCCACGCCCACCUUUCCCUCUUCCAUAGCAUUUGUAUCCCACCCAUUUGGUCAUUGCACUCAUUCCACUCCCUUCGUGCUUUCGAUCAACCAGAGAUGGCUAGCACUGCGAUGGUUUCACGCUGAACUUGCGGUUAUCGCUAACUUUUAUGGCUACUGAAAAUGCAUUCACCCAAAAUUGUAACUAAAAUUAUUAGUUUUGCGUCAGAUAGCAAUGCCCAUUCACUCCACCGAAAGUGCCCGAAACGAGCCGGCGACCAUGAACUUAGCCGAUGACCGAAGGAUCCCCAUAACUAUACUAUGCCUAUUCCAAAACGAAUUCGUGUUCGAUUUGUUUACUACUAAAAUAGAAAGAAAAAAUUUUACUUAUUUUAGAAUUGUAUGUUAUACUAUAGAGUACGAGUCAGUAAAUUACUAUAUUUUUGCAUAUCGGAGAACCUCGAACCUCGCUGCAACAGAAUACAUCAGCGAAAAAUUAACUCACCAUGAGACUGCAUUUAUUUGUUAAUCGGACUUUGCCGUUUUUAACCCCUUGAAUUGAAUGAGGGAAUAGUUACCCUACUAGUAGAGUACACCUGAUUUCCAUAGAUUAGCAUAGACUACCAGGUCCCGGAGUCCUUGGCUGGAUGCGAUGACCGGAGAUCCACAGUCGCUGGGCAGGUGACUCCGCUGGUGCAGAGCUUCGUUUCAGGGCACUUUGGUCGCAGGAAUGGCCAUGGCUAGUUCCUGAACUAUGGUUUUAAGUAGACCAGCCGACCACCCUGACGCUUCCGGGUAACUUGACGACUUGAUGGUUUCCGUUGGCCAGCGAGUCGCUUUUCUGUCGACCCACUUGACCAGCUCGCUGCAAGUGAUUUUGUCUAGGAAUCCCAAUGCCACCAUCAAGCCUUUGAUCCAAAUGCCGUUGCAGGCCGCCAAUGUCCAGGAGCAGCAGUCUCCUCCGGUGGCUUCAUAUCCGACACCGGCCACUCCGGUGGCUGUUCAGCAGCCAUCGACUCCUGUCCCCGUUCAAGUGCCGAACUCGUCCGUCCAGCAGCAAAAUCCGGAUGCGGACGCCAUCGCCUCGAAGCUGCCCUUGCCAGUUAUCAUCAAGGAGGAGCCGAUCUCUGUCGACGAUGAACCGUCCGUCGACAUUAUAGAGGACAAUACCAGUGCCAGCGGCAUCGGGGGCAAGAUCCCAUUUAAAAAGAUCUUCCAAAAGCGGAAGAAGUCGUCUGAACGCACUCGGGACAAGAAGCUGCGACGGAAUCGCCAGCUGCGCAAGUCCAUGCUCCCCAAAAACGCUCUGAUGGCCCUCAACGAGGUUAAGGGCGUGACCAUCAGCGAUUUCACCAUCGACAUCAAUACCGACGGGGGAUUCACGGCCGUUGUCACUGUGAACUCGACUCAGUACGUGGGCAAGGGUACCUCAAAGAUGGCAGCCAAGAACGCGGCCUGCGAGAAGGCUUGGCGCGAUUUUAUAAUUGCGAAGAUGACGCCUAAGCCUCCCCGUAUUCACCAGGUGGAGAUAGGUGCGGAGCCAAUAGACACUAACGAGGAUGAGGCCGAUGCACCGGAUGAUGAUCUGCCCAUGUUGAAUCUGGCUUCGUUUGCCAUCUACAAGCUGUUCACGGAGUGGGAGCGCGAGGGCUAUGUCGUACCCGAGAUGCACCCUUCGGCCAAUGCUGCCCAGCAGGCCGGAGGGGAUGCCGGAACUCCAGUUCCCGCCGCGCCGAAGGAACCAAAGAAGCCGCCAGUGCGUACGGAGCUACCCUCUGGCUGGGAGACCAUGCACCCGGCGACCAUUCUUUGCAUUGUAGGCCAGCCCACCUCACUAUAUUCACUGUCAGUAAUCAAUUCCCCUGCAGAUGCGCCCGGACUCAGCUACUCGGACUACGGGUCAUCUGGCGACAAUACCACCGGCAUGCAGCAUCUGGGAAUCACGGUGGACAACCAGGAAUUCCACGCCCACGGCAGAUCCAAGAAGAUCGCCCGUCUCAACGUGGCCGUGAAAGUGUGCAACUCUCUGUUCGGCACAAACUUCGCCUACGGCGACACCGCUUAAGAUACCAACUCCAACCGCAGACUCCAACUGCCGACAGCAACACACCUCGCCAACACGCCUCUCUUAAUUAUAAUGUAUACAAAUGUACCGUG